AUGUAUGGUCCUAGCUAUGGAGGACCUCACGCUCUCAAGGCAAAGGCUAAAGUGAAGGAAUCUUCAUCUAAAGAAGAACAAGAAGCAUCAGAAUGCAAUACUGAUGAUGUUGAGAAAAUUGGUAGAGAGAUGGCUAUUCUUGUGAGGAAGUUCCAGAAGUUCUCCAAAAGAAACCACUUUGGAAAGUCUUCAAAGUACGAUCCUAAGAACGCUGAAGCUUCUGCUCGAGACUAUGACAAAAUAACUUGCCACAAAUGCAAGAAGCCAGACCAUUACGUCGCUGAUUGCCCCCUCUGCAAAAAGGGCUCAAAGAAGAAAAAGUAUAGCAAGGAUGACGAUUCUGAUGACAAAAAGAAGAAGUCGUCUAAGUCUUCAUCAAAGUCCUCAUCAAAGAAGAAAAGAACCUCCAGCAGAGCUCCCACUUUCAUUGGGAAGGAAAUGGAUUCUGAGGAAGCCGAGGGAUCUGACUCUGGGGUUGCAAGUUUGGCUCUCGCGAUCGAGUUCAUCAGCAAGUCCAUCUUCGACCAUGAAGAAAAAGGUGACUCCACCAAUUCCGAAGAUUGUGCUGAUGGCAAUGCUCCCACCUAUUGCUUCAUGACAAGAGGUGCCAAAGUAAAUUCACGUGAAGCCUACCUCAAGUGA